AGGCUGGUGGUGACAACUGGGACAAUGCUCAGGCUUCUGAGGCUUGCUUUGGCCUUUUUCCGGAGGAUGGCUGACCCCGCAAAGCGGCAGGGCCCACAGCAGCAGGGGCUCCCACAAGGUGACACCCAGUUGAAAACUGUGCAGGGAGUUGUCACAAGUUUCUGUGGUGAUCAUGGCAUGAUUGAUGAGUUCAUCUACUUCAGUAGUGAUGUUGUGACUGGCAACGUUCCUCUAAAAGUUGGACAAAAAGUUAAUGUGGUUGUGGAUGAAAAUAAAACACUUUAUGCAUUGAGAGCAAUCAAGGUGGAUGUUGUGCCUCACCGCCUUUAUGGUGCUGGACCCUCAGACUCAGGAACCAGACUUUUAAUUGCACAUGUUACUUCUAUAAAUGAAGAUACUGUUUAUGUUAGUGACAGCAUUUAUUGCUCCAUAGACAUUGCUACUGAAGAUUUUGUGCCUUAUAAGGGUGACUUGUUAGAAGUUGAAUAUGCCACUGAGCCAGGCAUCUCAAACAUCAAGGCAAGCUCUGUGAAGCCCACCCGUUGUAUUCAUGUGGAAGAGGUCCGCAUUACUAGCAUAAAUGGAAGAAAUGGGAUGAUAGAUUAUACUAUCUUUUUCACCUUGGAGUCUGUGAAAAUCCCUGAUGGAUACGUACCUCAAGUAGACGAUAUCGUCAAUGUGGUCAUGGUGGAGAACAUUCAGUUUUGCUGUAAUUGGAGAGUGGUUUCUAUCACCCCAGCGCAAAAAUUGAGCAGCAGAUUACAGGAUGACGGAGGCCUGGGACGACCCAAAAGGGAACGUCGGAGCCAAAGUGUUUAA